AUGAGUGGGCAUUGGGGACUUGGUGAAUGCGAUGAAUCAAUGAACAUCAAGAUCUCGAGCACAGCUUUGUCUGAUCGUUUAAACGACUUGCUGAACAAUAAGACCUCAAACAAUGAGCACAGCAUUCUUGGGAAUAGCAAGCUGAAGAAUGUAGUGGGUGAUCGAAAUCUAUUUAAAUGCAAGACAGCAGAAGUUUCUCAUAUUGCAUCAAUGCUAUCAGCAAUUACAUUUGGGACUCAGUGUGUGAUUAUCAUAACGAAGGAUGGGUUGAUUUUCACCACAGAGAACAACCACAUCAUAAGAAUUUCAAUCAAUUUUGAUAUAGAGCUAUUUGACGAAUAUUAUUUUAAUGCACUGUCAAAUACAGAGACAGGUCGAUUGGGGACCGAUAAUGUUGAUAAUAAUGGUAUAAUUCAGAACAAAGACCAUAGAGAUGAUAUAAAUAAUUUAGAUAAAACAAAUGAUGAAAUUGAACAUGACGAUAACGAAAAAAAUGACGAUAUAAUAAAGGUUAUUGUUGAUUUAAAGACUAUUACCGAGUCGUUCAGUGUGGCAUCUUCAUUGUCAAAAAAAGAAGACAUUCUUAAUGAUAUUUACUGCACAAUGUCCUAUGAGGGAGCUGGAUAUCCUUUUAUAAUUGAAUUCGAUGACUACAAGAUCCAUGAGAUUUGUGAAUUUUCCACAUAUGUUAAUUUUGAUGAUGAGGUCGAUGAUAAAGACGCUGGAAACAAUUUGGAUCUAUACUACGGGUUAAAUUUGAACUACAAUGAAAUUAUUUUUGACAUGAUAAUAAAUGGGGAUGUUAUGUUCAAUAUAUUGAAGGACUUGAAAGACAUUAAUACCGAGGAAUUAUACAUAUAUGCUGGGUCAUAUAAAAAAAAAACUAGGAACAAUGGGUACUUUUUUGCUGAGACUGAUACGAGCGAGAACAAAUGUGCCAAUAGUGAAAACAAUAUCAACACCAGGGAGGGAUAUCGCAUUGAGAAUGAGGUCAUCUUUAUAUCUAAAGGAGAACUAGGAUACUCCAGACUCAUAUUGCCACAGGACCGCAGUAUCCUCGAGAAAUUGGUUUUGAAAAAGUUCAACAAUAUCAAUGGCCAGUUGGAAACUGCCAUCAACGACGAAAUCAUAAGCAAUUUCAAGUUCGAGAGCUUCUUCAAGAUAUUCAGGGCCAUCAGAUCAAGUUCGAGAAUUCGGUUCCAGAAAGACAAUAAUGGCGUUUUGGGCAUCCAUUUGCUGAGCAGCUUUAACAUUGAAGAUCAUGUCAUCAACCCAAAAGCACUCAGUGAGCCCAAUGAAAAAACUAAACGAGAAAAACGGAUUAUAAGAAAAAAAAGAAAUAGGAAAGGAAUUACCAGCAAUUAUAAUGGCAGUAGUGCCAGUGUUAUUAAUAAUAAUCUUAAUCAUAACCCUGCUAAUAGUAAUAAAUUUGGGAAUAAUAUCGAACAAAAAUACUAUCUGGGAACUGUAAUUGAGUUUGUUCUUAUUGAGUCGAUCAAUGACGAAGAUGAGGAACCGUAUAGUCAAGCCAAAGACAAGCAGAGAGCAUUGAAAGAGAUAAUAAUGAACGCAGAUGAGAUAGCAACAAUCAAUCCACAGAAUAGAAAGAGAAGACGAAGAAGCAGCAGAAAAUACACAGCAUCAGACAACUUAGGUGGAUCAAAGGCUUCACGCAGAUCGAAUAUCACGAAAGCAGAUACUGGCCAGAGCAGCGACAUCAUUAAAACCAAGAGAGAUAUAGCUGAGAUAUUGCAUAACAUCUCGGUUGCCAGAUCUAGUGGAGUAAGUCAGCAUAAUAAGUCUGGUGGUGAUACAAACAAACUUUCCGAAAGCACAGUGGGUUUUGAUGCAAAAGAGUUGGAGCAACAAGUAGAACAAGAAGAAUCCGAAGAAGCAGAAACUGCGUCAGAAUUGGAAUUGGAGUCAGACUCAGAUGUCCCAAUUAUUCUUUGA